AUGCACUGCAGAAUGUCCUUGUUUCUGAAGUUGCUGUACAUCAUUGUAUGCUUGGACAAUGCCAUGGGUGAUCCUGUGUAUGAAGGAAACCUCUAUUCAAAGAACAUCAGCAGAAUAUUGGACAACCUGUUAGAUGGGUAUGACAACAGGCUUCGGCCAGGAUUUGGAGGUGCUGUCACUGAGGUGAAAACAGAUAUUUAUGUUACAAGCUUUGGUCCUGUGUCUGAUGUGGAAAUGGAAUACACAAUGGAUGUUUUCUUUCGUCAGACAUGGACUGAUGAGAGACUGAAGUUCAGGGGGCCAUCUAAGAUUCUAAGUUUGAAUAAUUUGAUGGUCAGCAAAAUCUGGACACCUGACACCUUUUUUAGGAAUGGAAAAAAAUCCAUAGCUCAUAACAUGACAACCCCAAACAAGCUUUUUCGGAUCAUGCAGAAUGGUACUAUUCUCUACACAAUGAGACUUACCAUCAAUGCUGACUGCCCCAUGAGGCUGGUUAAUUUUCCUAUGGAUGGACAUGCUUGUCCACUGAAGUUUGGGAGCUAUGCUUACCCCAAAAGUGAGAUCAUCUAUACAUGGAAAAAGGGUCCUCUUUAUUCUGUAGAAGUUCCUCAAGAAUCCUCCAGUCUUCUACAGUAUGAUUUGAUUGGACAGACUGUAUCUAGUGAGAUAAUAAAAUCUAAUACAGGUGAAUAUGUAAUCAUGACAGUUUAUUUCCACUUGCAAAGGAAGAUGGGAUAUUUCAUGAUACAGAUAUAUACUCCCUGCAUUAUGACAGUCAUUCUAUCUCAGGUGUCUUUCUGGAUUAAUAAGGAGUCUGUGCCUGCUAGAACUGUUUUCGGAAUUACGACUGUUUUAACCAUGACCACUUUAAGUAUCAGUGCUAGGCACUCUUUGCCAAAGGUAUCUUAUGCAACUGCCAUGGAUUGGUUCAUAGCUGUGUGUUUUGCCUUUGUCUUCUCUGCACUUAUUGAGUUUGCAGCUGUCAAUUAUUUCACCAACCUUCAGAACCAGAGAGGAAUGCAGAAGGUGUCCAGAAUCGCCCUUCCACCAGUCACAACGGUACCAGUGAAGGAUGAGAUUGUUUUGCAUCCUGAUUGCAAUUAUACUCUAAAGAAGCGAGUGAGCUCUCUGACCUUGUCAAAACUUCCAUCACCUGAGGUGAAAAAGGUUCUUAGCAGAGCUUCUAACCCACAGUUGAUGCCUGACACGCCAUCAUCAGCACCAUUGCUACCACCAGCCACUGGUGGCACAAGCAAAAUAGACCAGUAUUCCAGAAUUCUUUUUCCUGUGGCAUUUGCAGGAUUCAACUUGGUAUAUUGGAUUGUUUACCUCUCUAAAGACACUAUGGAAGUGAGUAAUAGCAUUGAAUAGUUGUCAGACAAAAUAACCUAUAUAGAUAGUGUCUAUAUUUAGGGAAUCUGCAAACUAUUUUGAAAAUAGCAAAAGGACUCAAAAUUUUAAAAUUAUAUCAAAU